CUAUUGUCACAAUACUACUAAUGAAAUAACUAACCAAUCUACCCUAGUAGUAGAUUUUCAGUCUACAACAAAUAUUAUAUAUCAAAGUCUAUAUCUAUAAUAACUUUAAUAAGGACACUAAAGAAAACAUGAACAUGGAAGUUUUAAACUUUAAUGUUGGCGUUUUGGGACAUGUUGACAGUGGUAAAACCAGUCUAUCCAAAGCACUGAGUACCGUGGCUAGCACCGCUUGUUUUGAUAAAAAUCCGCAGAGUAAAGAAAGAGGGAUUACUUUAGAUCUUGGAUUCUCUUCUUUUACUGUUGAUAUAGAAGAAACAAAGAAAAAAGAACUGACUGGUUACAGCAGAGUUCAAUACACCCUGGUUGACUGUCCCGGUCAUGCAAGUCUUAUUCGUACAAUUAUUGGUGGUGCACAAAUUAUAGAUUUGAUGAUGCUAGUUGUUGAUAUAACAAAGGGCAUGCAGACCCAAACAGCUGAAUGUCUCAUCAUAGGGGAGAUAACUUGCACUAAAAUGAUUGUGGUAUUAAACAAGCUGGACAUGAUUUCACCUGAAAAACAAGCUGCUGCAGUAGAUAAGAUGAAAAAGCGAAUGUGGAAAACUCUAGAGACUACAAAGUUUGCUAGCUGUCCUAUAGUUGCUGUUGCAGCCAAACCUGGGGGGCCAGAGGCACCUGAUGUUGAAGGCAUAGCAAUCAGUGAUCUGAUUUCAACAUUAAUGAACAGCACCUAUCUUCCCUCAAGAUCAGAAAAAGGACCUUUUAUAUUUGCUGUUGAUCAUUGUUUUUCUAUUCGUGGUCAGGGCACAGUUAUGACUGGCACAGCUUUAAGUGGACAAGUUUGUGUAAAUGAUACCGUGGAAAUACCCUCAUUAGGUUUGUCCAAAAAAGUGAAGUCCAUACAAAUGUUUAGAAAGCCAGUUGAAAAAAUUAAGCAGGGGGACCGUGCUGGUGUUUGUGUUACUCAGUUUGACCCAACCUUGCUAGAGCGUGGACUGGUUUGUUCUCUUGGAGCACUUGUCACAGUUGAAGCUGUCAUUAUAGGCAUCCAUAAAAUAGCUUACUUCAAAAGUUCAAUUACUACAAAAUCAAAAUUCCACAUAACUUUAGGCCAUGAAACUGUAAUGGGCAGAGUAUCAGUGUUUGGAAUUUUAGAAGAUAACUGUAAAGAUACAGAACAGAAAUUAUCUGUUUUAAUAAACAACAUGCACAUAUCAGGAGAAGAGUUUGACUUCAGCAAGGAGUACAUAUACCUUGAUGAAGUAAUGGGUCCUGGGAAAAAAAGUGGAAAUGAUGACUUAAAAGAGCCAGAAGUAAAGCUGAGUCAGCAAUAUGCUUUAUUAGAGCUUGAACGACCUGUCACCUGUUCUCCACAUUCCCUUGUCAUUGGCUCUCGGCUAGACGCGGAUGUCCAUACAAGUUCAUGCCGCUUAGCAUUUCAUGGAAAAAUCUUGGUUGCUAUGAGUGAUGUCAAAUAUAAAGAAACUAUUCUCCCUAAUGUUAAAGUAUUUAAGGUGAAAACCAGAGAAGGGCAGGUAGAAAGGGCAACUGACAGAUACUCUGUUAUAGCUAAAAACCUUUUUAAAAAAGAAACAAAUCUUUCUGCCUUUGCAAAUCUUAAAGUUGUACUAUCAUCUGGUGAAAAGGGGGUCAUUGAAGGAGGGUUUGGACAAAGUGGAAAAGUCAAAAUUAGAAUUCCAGAAGGUUUGAGUGAUGAGGUUUAUCAGCGCUACUCAGGAUCCAGUAAAAAGAAAGGAAAAUCCAAAGAGGAAGAGCCCUCUGCUGAAGUGAAAGAACCAAUCAAGAUUAGCCUCAACUUUAAACGUUACGUGUAUGACCUUAAAAAAAAUAUGGUACAGAAUGGAUAGUAAAAGUGCUCAAUUGUUUGUUUUGUACUGUGAUAGACAAUGUUCCAAAAUUAAUAAAACCUCCAAAAUUAUUGAAAUCAUUAACCACACUUUUAGUUAAAAUGCUGGAUUUCAUUACUAUUUAUUUAAAAAUGUUGUGCUAAAACUUUGUACUUCUUUAAUUCCAGUGAACUAAGCAAUAUAACAAUUGUUUUAGAUUUUUUUAUCAAAUUUAUUUGGUAUUUUUCAUUCAAUUUUUAACCACAUUGAUGUCUUUUUAAAAUGUGUUUACAUUUUCUUUUUAAAUUCUGACUUUGAUCAGUGUUCCUCCAAUGACAAUUUAGAAAAAAACUUGCUUCAGAACUCUUUGGGGUACAAAAUAUUCAGAAAUAGAUACUAGCACAGUUCUUAUACUUUCACUAGUUACCAUAGGUUAAUAUUUGUUUAGCCUAUUUUACAAUUAAAAAAGGAAAAUAAUAAAUAAUUGUAAUUUUUAAUGCAAUUUUGUCAAACAAUAAGCUUUGUUAAAUGGGAACUAACCCCUGGUCACUCUCGAUCAACUUAUAAAAUAAAUGUCUCAUUCAUGUUAUUGUUAAUUACAUAGUAAAGACAUUUUAAAAAAAAGAUUCACUUUCUUUAUUAAAAUUAGUCUUACAACUUUAUGGCAGUCCAUGCAGUUAAAUGGUUGGUUACAUUAGUUGACCCAUUGAUCAAGUCCUUUGGACUAGUUUUAAUGACAUUUCUUUAACAGUGACAUUGUUAUUUUUAAUGACAAUCUCAAAAUUUAAAAAUAGCAGGAAAUAU